CCGGUCACCAAUUCAAAGCUUGGCUUAAGACCAGAAAGGUCCAGAGGACGGAGCAAAGCCGAUGGCGAGUGCGCUGUUUGCGCAGCGCGUGCCGCUGUCCCACGGCUCGGUUUCAUUGCAAAAUCAACAUAGAGGGGAUUUUUUGGCGCCAAGGAGAUCUGCGGCGAGCGUCGCGUCUUGGCGCCCGCAGACGCAACCGCUUGCGGAGUCGUCUUCGGCAGCAGCUCCCGGCUCUCCCCGGCUCUUGGGACCGACAGCAGCGGGGGCCAGCAGCGGGGGCCAAUUCGCCCAGUUUCGUGAAUUCCAACGGCAAGCCAGCAGUGCAGCAUCUCGUCAACCGGAAGAUGACAGGGCCAGCACAAGCGGCUCCACGGGGGAAGGAGGCCGUUCAGCAAGCACCAGCGGCAGAGCGCGGAGGCCGUACAACAAGAACUACUGGCGCCAGCUGCCGCAGGGCUGGUUCGCCAAGCCCGACUACACGCCCGUGACGCUGUAUGAGGAGAUUGUGCGGAGGUGCGAGACCAACACGUGCGGUGUGGACGCGCUGUACAUGAUCUGCAAGCUGGCCGCCACGCCGCAGGACGCGCGGGUGGCGCUCAACGCCUUCGCGGCUGUGCGCGCCUCGCUGGUGCGGCAGGGCCGGGUGGCGCCGUACGACACGCGCCUGGCGGUGGCGUUCGUACACAUGAUUCGUGACGCGGACGCGCCGGACGUGUUGGUGGAGGCGCUGCGGCGGGCUCCGGAGCUGGGGCUGCUGCUGAGUCAGACGCGGCUGCACGAGCUGCUGCAGCGCUGGGGCGAGCUGGGCGAGCUGGCCAAGAUUGAGGAGGUCCUGGCCGCCAUGCCUCUGGGCGGCGUGCCGUACAACCACGUGACCGCCUACAUCGUCAUCCGCACCGCCGUCAACCUGGGCGCGCAGGACAAGGCCGAGUACUACGCGUCGGCCAUGGUGCAGCGGCAGAUCCGGCUGACGCCUGCGGCCAUUCGACUUCUUGAGGGCGGGCGGGAGCGGCUCCGGCAGCAGCAGCAGGACAUGACGCAGCAGCAGGACGUGUAUUAGCAGCUGUAGCAGUAGCAGCAGCAGCCACUGCAAAGGCAGCCCGGUUUGGGGCUGUUGACAACGAGGCGGCUGUGUGGGAUUUUGCGGUGUUUGGUGGAGGCGGUGAGCGCACCGAGCAGGGUAGAGGUGGACGGCUGGACCAGGGGAGGAACGUCCCUGCGGCCUGCGCUGGCCAGGCACGCCAUUCCUGUCUUGGCCAAGCUCCCGAACACGCCGCGGACACUGCGUCAACGCAAAACUGUAACUUAAUUUUUGG